AUGCUUUUAAAGGAGCAACGUCUAUUGAAUGAAUCCUCUCUGUCAGAAUUUCUUCUCCUGGAAUUCUCAGAUGUUCGAGAACUGCAGAUUCUGCAUUUCUUUGCAUUUCUGGUUUUCUACCUGGCAGCAGUGGCAGGAAAUGUCCUCAUCAUCUCUGCAGUUGCCUCUGAUUACCACUUACACACCCCCAUGUACUUCUUUCUGAUGAACUUGGCCAUCCUGGAUGUGGGCCAAGUUUCAGUCAUUUACCCCAAAUCUAUGACCAAUGCUCUCUUAAAUACCAGACACAUUUCUUACUCUGGAUGUGUGGCUCAAGUCCUCCUGUUUCUCUUCUUUAUCAUAUCCGAUUACUUUCUUCUCACAGUCAUGGCAUACGAUCGGUAUGUUGCCAUUUGCAAUCCAUUACAUUAUUCGAUGUUAAUGAAUAAGCAAGCAUGCAUUCAAAUGGUCACUAUUGUAUGGACAAGCAGCAUUCUCUGUGCUAUGUUACACACCGGAGGCACCUUUGCACCCGCAUUAUGCUCCAAUGUUAUCGAUCAGUUUUUCUGUGAAAUCCCACAGUUAAUUAAUCAUGCCUGCUCUGAUUUGUACCUGAUCGAAAUGGGAGUUAUUUUCUUCAAUAGCAUCAUUGGAUUGGGCUGUUUUAUUUUCAUUGUGGUGACUUAUGUGCACAUCUUCACUGCAGUGCUGAGAAUCCCUUCUGUGCAGGGAAGGCAAAAAGCUUUCUCCACUUGCCUUCCCCAUCUCAUUGUUUUCUCCAUAUUUGUAUUUACUGGAUAUUUUGCUUAUCUGAAGCCCACCUUUAAUUCUGCUUCAAAACUGGAUUUGGCAUUUACUCUGAUAUAUACCACGGUCCCUCCUUUGAUGAAUCCUUUAAUCUACAGCAUGAGGAACAAAGAGAUAAAACAUGCUUUAUCAAAGCUAUUGGAUUUGAGUUACUCUUCUAGGAAUACCUGGUCCAGUCUUUGA